AUGGCGCCUUUGAUCUUCGCUGGCCUAAGACUUAGUAAGAAGAAUGGAAAGCUGGUGUUCCUUGGUCUGGACAAUGCUGGGAAAACCACUCUCCUGCACAUGUUGAAAGACGACAGAAUGGCACAACAUGUGCCUACUUUGCACCCAACGUCUGAGGAAUUGACUUUGGGAGGCAUUCGAUUCACCACUUUCGACCUUGGCGGCCACGCACAGGCGCGUCGUGUCUGGAAAGACUACUUCCCUGCUGUAGAUGCCAUAGUGUUCUUGGUGGAUUGCGCCGAUUUGGAGCGCAUUCCGGAAAGUAGAACUGAACUCGAAUCACUCAUCAGGGACGAACAGGUAUGGCCCCAUGUCUAA